AGCGCGCAGGGUGCGCAGCUUGCGGGGGGCAGAGGACUGGAGCGAGGCUGGGCCUAGGUGGCGGGCGGGGGCGCCUGCCGAACUCAGUGACCAUGAGGAGCUUGUGGAUUUUCCUUGCUGUUUUGUUCAUCCCAUGGGGCUGUUCUUUGGCCAAGUUUGAUGAAUUUGAGGAUGGAGAUGACAUUGUGGAGUACGAUGAUAAUGACUUUGCUGAGUUUGAAGAUGUUACUGAAGAUGUAACCACAGAAUCUCCCCAGAGGAUCAUAACCACAGAAGAUGAUGAGGAGGAGGCCACUGUAGAGCUUGAAGGUCACGAUGAAAAUCAGGAGGACUUUGAUGAUGCAGAUGCACAGGAAGGAGAUACUGAGAGUGAGCCAUAUGAUGAUGAAGAAUUUGAAGGCUAUGAAGAAAAAACAGAUGCAUCUCCCAGCAAAAGCAAAGACCCCAUAACAAUUGUUGAUGUAGGUAUACAU